UUGAAUGUUGAUUAUAAUCUAUGUAAAGUUUAACACAUUUGUUGUGAGUUAACAGCAGGAAAUAGCAGUAACAGUACACGAAGGCUAACAUUGGCAACGAUUGUAAUUAUCCGCUCGACAGCUGAUUGAAAAAACCUAAAAGUGUUAGCUUCCUGGGCUUUAUCUCCAUGUCACCUUUGAUUACGCCUCUCACGGUUUACGCUCCAUAUAUAAGUCUACAUUUGGCUAUUCAAAAAAUAUUAUUGUUAGUUGCUCUCUUUGUUCUCUUUGUUUGCUUUUGUUAUUCAUGACAGAGAGUCUAUUUUGCUGGUCACUCGCAGUGUUUUAGGUUGUUACAAUAAAGAAAUAUUCAUGUUUGCGUCAAUAAUUCAACAUAAAGUUAAGGUUACUAGGAUACGAACCUCAUUCUCUUGAAUUGCUUAUUUCGGCGACACUUCAUCUUGUUUGUUAUUUGCAUGUUAACUGAGUUCAGCGCCUUAUAACGCCUGCCAAGGAUUAUGAUGGCUGUAGCACGAUAAGUGAGCUGUUUUUGUGCACUAGGAAGGUAGUGCGUCUUUCCUUUUGGCAACAUUGACAUAUCAACACUUAAUUAUUCAUAACCGGCUUUGCAGAUUUGGACUGCAGUGGUCAGGAUAGACAGAAUGAACAACACAAGCAACGUGACGCAGAAGAAUUCAAACACGACAAAACCUGUACAUAUGGAAUUGACAUCUUUUUUAAUGUGGUGCUUUGCCUUUGGAGUUGUCGACCUCAUCGUCAUUAUUGCGAACGUCGUCACGUUAGUGGUGUUUUACUCGAGUAAAUACCUCGUGCGAAAACGACAUAAUCAUUUUUUGAUCCUAUUAGCUAUAACGGAUAUCAUGGUUGGACUUGUAGUGAUGCCGUUGUACUUAUAUCAACUGGUUUCCUGGUGGACCAACGAACACAACGUGUUAAAAAACGCCGUGUUUGAUACCUUCACAGCAAUGGACAUCUUUUCUGGGUUCGCCUCUAUCUUUACUUUGGCUAUUAUUGCAGCGGAUCGAGUCUAUGCAAUAGUGUUUCCUCUUUACCAUAAGGUUCCUCCAAAAGGAGUUUAUCCUUCCAUGAUAGCCUCGGUUUGGGUAUUAUCGGGAUUACUAGUAUUAUAUUACUUUUUGUCUCGGGUCAAUAUUGUACCCAAGGAAGCUUUUAUUUACCUGUUAUUGAUCAGCAUAUCGAUUUCCCUUCUUGUUAUUUGUAUUUCGUAUUUACUAGUUUGGGCUCGAGUGAAGUGCUUUGCAAUCAGUCACGGUUUACGAGGAGCGUCAUUCAGGGAAAGACGCUUAGCAGAACUGCUUUUUUUAAUCACAAUCAUUUUUGUAUUCACGUGGUUACCAUUUCAUGUUAUAAACUUCAUUUUCCAUUUUUGUAAAUCGCCAAAAUGCCAGCCCUCAUCCAAACUUGUUUACUUCAGCAAACUUUUACACUACAGCAACUCAUUUUUGAACCCGGUGGUUUAUUCGUACAGAAAUGUCGAAUUUCGGAAAUGUUUAAAAAGACUCGUAAAGAAUGUAACAUCUCAGUCGAAGCCAUUACUAACGGACAAGAGAGAGCGAAAUCUAAGAGGCGCGACAAGGGAGAGAAAAUUGCUUCUGGAAAGGCAAGAAGCAUUUCGUCGCAUUGUGGUGAAAGAAAGCAGGGUUUGAGAAAUGCCCCGAGUAGAUCAGUCUUGAUUUAGACCACGAACGAAAUCACGUUUCAAAAAGAAGACCUGCAUGCUUAUAAUGUAUAUUGUGCCAGUUACAAAUCAGUAGAGUUUGAAAGAUAUAAACGAAGUUCCAAUGAUUUUUAUCAAGGCCGGAUAUUUUAUGCUGGAAUAUAUAAUGGCAGCGCAAUCAACACAGACCCGCACUGUGGACGACCCUUUAAGAAACGUUUGUUUUUUUCUUUAUAUGUACAUAAAUAAAUAACUCUUAUCGACUGUUGAUACAAAUCACUAUAAAGACUCUCUUUUGUUUUCAAAGCCAUGAAAAUUAGCAUUUCUCUUUUAUCCUGUUGUAAAUUAUCGCAUUGUAUCAUUCCUAAAGGGAUUAUCGACAUAUAUACAUUGAUAAGAGUAAGCGCUUCAAAUGUGAAAAGCCAGCGACUUCUUUCGAGUUCAACUGUACAGGCUUUUUGUGUGUCUCUUAUGCUAAAUAAAUUGAGAACAUUUUUGACACAUCUAUUUAUCAAUGUCAGCAGGUGCCAGAACCCGUUUUCACAGUCAUGCAUAAUAUGUGUUCUAACGACCUUUUCAAGGAAAAGCCUUGUGGAUACUUUUUCCGGCAAAAAAAUUACUGCAUCUGACGAUAAAACGCUAACUCUGCUCAAUCAGUAAUUUCGUGUUUGACUGCCGUCAUUCACAAUAGCGGACCUCUCAGGAAACAGACGUUUACCUCAAUGGGUUCGUGGCUCAUGAUUAUCAAAUUUCGAUCCAUUUUGUUGUUGUUGUUGUUGUUCUAUUUUUCAAUGUUCGUUAGUUGUCGCCGAGAAUAUUAGGUGCGGUUACGCGGGACACUUUUACCACGGGAAUCUGCAUUUAGUAUAUGUGGCCGACCUUUCCCGAGGAAAAUUUUCAUUGAUAAAUAUCCAUGGAUAAGUGAAAAUGAUCAUAAGAAGCGCCCAUGACAUUUAAGUAAGUUAAAAUGGUGUUUUGAUGCCCAAUGUGCAAGAGCCAAUCACGAUGCUCCGUUCGACUUCAACACAUUGAAACACGCAGCAUACUCAAAAAUAACGUCAGGUUUGCGCUUUGAUAGGGUAAGUAUUUGAAGGACUUACUU